AUGUGUAAGCCGAGUUCUAAUAAUAGAAAAAAAACAAUAUUGCAAGUGACUAUGUCUGAAUCUGCAAAGGAUGAAUCUAUUGCAACUGAAGAACCUGGACCUGGUGAUGUAACAAACAUGUUUGCGAGUGUCUGGGUCAAGGUGGAAGUGGAAUCUGAAUCUGGACAACCUUCUCCUUCAUCCCCAUCAAUGUCUCCUCCUUCACCACCAUCGCCACCAUCACCCCCAAAAACUAGAAAAAAGAAGUCGCAAAAGAAGAAUAAAGAAUUACUUAAAUGUGCAACCUGUGAUUACACAACUAUUCAUAAAAACUGUCUAAAGUAUCACAUAGUGGGUCAUGAGAAUAAAUUGCUUACAUGCGACCAGUGUGACUACAGCACCAAGUACCCUAAUUCGCUAAAUAGGCACUGCAAAGUACAACAUGCCACCUCACCAGAAGAAACCAAUAAGCUGACCGUUUACAAGUGUGAUUUUGAAAACUGCGAAUAUGUCACGUAUUACAGGUGGAAUUUAAACGUACAUGUAAGGAAGCAUAAACUUGAAAAACAACACAAAUGCACUAAGUGUGACUAUCGGACUGCUUACAGACACAAUCUAUUCAAACACAGCAAGAGUCACAAUGAAGGGAUGUUCUUCAAGUGCGAUAAAUGCCCCUUUGUCACAAAAUAUGAGGGCCACAUAACGCGACAUCUAGCUAAGAUCCAUAAUGAGGUCUCCGUUGGGGCAUUCCGGUGCGAUAUGUGCGAUUUUUCAACUAAGGUUCGGUGGCGACUCAACACACACAAGGGUAGAAGUCGACAGGCACAUACUUUGAAAUGUGAGCACUGUGAUUUCACAACGCAAUAUAUGUGUGAACAUAAAAAACAUAGGGAGACCCACUUCAGUGAAAUAUACGGCAAUAAGGGGGAGCAGAAAGAUGUGGUCCCGCCACCUUUAAGAGAGUCCAUUCCAUUUCCCGAAGAAGAAUCACACCGUGAGCAGUAUGUAGUAGAUCCAAACUGCCUCGAUUGGAACAGCAUUCAAGUGUUAGAGUCAGAGGACAAAGAACGGCCCUUCAUGUGCCUAAUGUGCAGUUACACUUCAAAAUUCAAAGCAGCAGUUCAAAGGCACUUCCAACGCCAUCACACAGGUAGCCACAACAGACCAUACAAAUGCUGCAAUUGUGACUUCUCCACUAAGACUAAAGACCAAAUUGCACUUCACAACAAAAGGAGCAAGUCCGACAAGCUGCAGUACUGCCCCAUGUGUGAAUUUACAACCUUCUAUAAGUGUCAAUACGUGAUGCAUCAAAAGAGCCACUAUUCAUACAAGUGUAACAUAUGUUCGUACACUUGCAAGCAAAAGUAUGAUCUACAGAAGCAUUAUACAGUGUUACAUAUGGGUAAAGGGUUGAAGUGUAGUUACUGCGAGUAUGUAGCUGCUCGGAAGGAGAGUCUGUUGUGCCAUGAAGCCAUUCAUACCGGGAAUAAACCUUUUAAAUGCACUCAUUGCAAGUACAGCUCGGUUAGAAGGUCACUGCUGGAUGUUCACGUGAGGCGCUACCAUUGUGAUCAAAAGAAAGAUGUCACUAUUGUCAGUGAUGAUAAGAUUGAGUCUCUAAAGGUACCGUUACCGGAGCUCAUCAAUCAGUACAAAGAUAUUAAUGAGUCUUACUCGUUAACGGAGCAACAGUGA